UAGGGUUGGGGUGAGCUCUACUGUAUGGUCCCGACACCCGAUUGGAAGCACCUGAAAUUGCCAUUUUCCAACCCUAACACAGAAAGAGCGAAGUAGAAAGAGCGUAAAGGAGAAUACAACAAUCAGUAAAAAUGGCAUUAUCAGGAGAUUUAAGGGUCUCCGCAACAUUGGUUCCAUACCCCAAGAAUCCUCUUCGGACUUCUCUACCUCCUUCUAAGGUAGAUUUUAGUCCCUUCCUUAAUGGUGGAUCUAGUGCUACUGAGGUGUUGCCUAGAUGGUCUCGUGUAGCAUCUGAUGGCCAUAGUUUGCGGUGCCAAGCAAGGAGGCCUUUUGGGAUCCUUGGAGAAUAUAAAUUAUCGACAAGUUCCAUCAGCCAAGAAUUUGAUAAUUUACUCCUCAGUGCUAUCAACAUGAGCUUUUUUGAGCGCCUAAACUUGGCUUGGAAGAUAAUGUUUCCACCAUCCCCUUCAGCAAGUAAUUCUAGUGCUGCUAAUAUUGCUAAGCAGCGCCUGAAGAUGAUUCUCUUCUCUGAUAGAUGCGCUGUCAGCGAUGAGGCAAAACAGAAGAUUGUAAGCAACGUCGUUAGUGCUCUCUCUGAUUUUGUGGAAAUAGAAUCACAGGAUAAAGUACAGUUGAGUGUCUCGACGGAUCCAGAUCUAGGGACGAUUUACUCUGUCACAGUGCCAGUCAGACGGGUAAAAUCAGAAUACCAAGAAGAGGAUCCAACUGGAACGAUAACUAAUGUCGAGUACAAAGACACUGGAGAUAGUUCUGGUUCAGUUGAUGUCAAGUUUGAUUUCUAUAUUCCAAAUGAGAAGUUCAAUGACUUUGAUUUGUGAAACCUGGUCAUAUCCUUUGCCUAACAGGAAGAGGAUUGUAAUGUCUUGUUUUUCUGGCAUUAAUAAUUUUUCCCUUUGUAAACAUACUAGUAGGUGGUCCUCCAAAUAUAUUGUCCAUCAACUUAAGAGUGCUGUAAAUAUCUGAAAAUCUCAUUUGGAAGUGUUUGAUCAUUGAUGAAUUUGCUAGUUAUGGUUAUAAUCUGAGUGACUUUUGUAACAAUCUGUU